GAGCGCGCCACGACAGGUCGAGCGACGAUCCCGGGCGCGUGCGUGGGAUACGAGAGAGCGCUAGCGGCCAUCGGAGACGGCAACAUGACACGUUCGGACGGUCCGUGCGAGACGUCUUCGCUGCUGGAGCGGGGAGAGCGGGUAACUGAAAAAGAUGCCGCGGGGUCGUCGGAGAGCGGGUGGGCGCCGGGGAUGCGACGCCGGCCGCUGAUGACCGCGGCGGCGCUCCUGGCGCUCCUCGGCGUCGUUUUCCUCGCGGCGGUGGGCCCGAUCGGGCCGUGGGGAGAGACCCGGGGGCUAUCCCCGGACGUCACGCAGCCGUACCUCGGCCUCCCCGGAUGCAAGUCCGCGUUCACGGUGCCCGCGGAGGGACCCAGCGACAAGUACUCGCCCACGUUCGAGAAGCUGGUCAGCAUGGCCGAACAGGUUUACGUCCUCUGCGUGGACUGCGGGGAGGUCUCGGUGCCGAGCUCGUGGAGGGACAAGGUCCUCCUGGUGGACGGCAAGCGCAUCGACGAUUGCGUCAAGGAUCACCACAUGGACCACUGGCACCGCGCGACGUUCUCGCACGCCAUCGCGGUGUCCCACGCCAGGGCGCGCGGCUUCGGCAACGUCGCCGUGGUCGAGGACGACGCCAGGAGCGACUUCACCGUCGUCUUCUCCGACGCCGACUACGAGGACUUCGCCACCCUGUUGAAACAACCCGCGCGGUGGAACUUCAUCCGUCUGGGUUGGCGCCCGUACGCGCUGGAGACUGCCAUCGGUGACGGGUGCCCGCGACAGUGCCGGUGCGAGGAGGUGGUGGGGGCCCGGACGUGCGCCAUCGCGGGCAGCGGCUGCGACUUGCGGUCCAGCGACGCGUACCUGGUGGCCAGGGGGGCGUACAACUCGUACAUUCACCGGCUGCAGCUCGGCGUCGUGGACUUUGACGUCCUGCAGAGCUUUGACAAGAUGGUGCUGGUGAACCCGAUGGUGAGCUACCAGGAGAAGCUGGACAUCACCAUGGACUCACAGAGGGACCUGCAGGCGGCGUUCAGGCACAAGUGCGUGGGGGUGGGUCCGUCGAGCGCGUUGCCGGUGCUGGACGGAAUCAGAGGGGAGCUCGCGCCCGCGUCCAGGGGGCUCGACGACGGAGAGCGGCGCGACAUCGACGUGCUCGACGCCGACGGCAUCCUGUUCUGACCCAACGCGGGGUCUUAGUAGAUAGCCACACACAGACGUUCGUUCAUUAUCAUCUAACAGACGGGACCGACGU